CAUAAGACUUUUCAGCUGGCCGUUGUAUUUUCUUGUCAAGAUAAAGCUGACCCUUCGUUUCUUUCACCUCUCUCUCCUCCAUCUCUCACUUGGCUUAACCUAACCCUCCUAUCAACGAGUAUGUCGCAGUCUAAGCUUAGUCCUGUCCUCAUCACAGGGGGGAAUGGCUUCACCUCCUACCACAUCAUCGACAAAAUCCUCACCGAAGAGCCUGACUGUAUCAUUCACUCACUAGACGUGACAGUAGACCGCAAUCGCCAUGACAAUCCCAACGUCCACUACCACCUCGCAGACCUCUCCUCGGCAGAGGACGUACAGCGAGUAAUGGGGCUCGCAAAGCCCGUCACAAUAUUCCACACCGCAUCCCCCGAGUUCUCCGACGCCCCAGUCUCCGCCUACCGCAGCAUCAUCGUCGACGGCACACACCAUCUUAUCGAGGCCGCCGUCAAUAUUGGCACCGUCCGCGCACUCAUCAACACUUCAACAUCAGGCGUCAUAAACGAUAACCACACCAACCUAAUUGAUGCCACAGAAGAAAGUCCCAUCUUACGCCCGCCGCAGCAAAAGCGCCUCUACUGCAUCGCCAAAGCCGACGCCGAAGACGCCAUCCACGCUGCAAACCGCAACGGGGGCACCGAUGACAAGGGCAUCCUCACCUGCAGCAUCAGGCCGUGCCUCGCAUUUGGGGAGCGCGACGUCGGUGCCUUAGGCAAGAUGAUCGAUGUCGCCCGGCAAGGUCGAUCGCGGUUUCAGAUAGGUGAUGGCCAAAAUCCAUAUGACUUCGUGUAUAUCGGCAACCUCGCUGAUGCGCAUCUGCUCGCCGCGCACGCGCUCCUCGAUGCUUGGGGCAAGCCUCGUCCGACAAACGAUCCUGUCGACGGCGAGCGGUUCAAUAUCACCAAUAACGACCCAUGGCUGUUCUGGGACUUUCAGCGCGCUGUCGCUGCGCAUACGGGGAACCCUGUUCGGCCGGAGGAUGUUGUGGUCAUUCCCAAGUGGGUUGGGCUGACAAUGGGCUUUGUUAGUGAGUGGAUUGUGUGGGCAAUAUCCUGGGGCACUCGAACUCCUAAUAUGACCCGAGAGGGCAUUCGCUUUAGCACCCUGAUUCGUACGCUCAAUAUGGAUAAGGCGAAGAGGGUGCUUGGGUACCGGCCAAAAGUCGGUAUGCAGGAGGGGAUUGAGCGGAGUGUGCGGUGGUUUAUGGAGCAGAAUGACGUAGCGCCGUAGGUUCUGAAUUCUACGUAUUGUCUAUACCAGUCGUAAUCUUUACUGAGGGAACCUCCGCCACAUAAUAAUAUAGAAAGACAUUAUUAUUAGCUUGCCGCUAUCGGCGUAUAUAGAUCGGAAU